GGGUCAAGCUUUAGCAAACUUCAUCAUGGAGUGCCACCCGCUAGUUGUAGAAGAAACCAUGCUGUCAGGUCUGGUAUGGGCUUUGUUUGUAGAUGGGGCUACAAGUGUUGAAGGAUCAGGGGCAAGGUCAGUGCUAAUAAGCCCAAAUGGCUUCAAAUCUGAGCAUGCACUGAGAUUCAAUUUUAAGACGACGAAUAAUGCCACCAAAUAUGAAGUGCUUAUUUAUGGUCUGAAGUUAGCGUCGGAGCUGAAAGCACAGAACAUAAGAGUCUUUAGUGACUCUCAACUUAUAGUAAACCAAGUAAACGAAAGUUAUGAUAUCAGAGACCCUCAGCUUGGUCAUUACGCCUCUGUGGCCAGCAACAUGAAGGCAAGUUUUAUUUCAUUUCAAAUUGACAAGAUACCAAGAGUAGAUAAUCAUCGAGCUUAUGAGUUAUCAAAGCUGGCUUCAUCGCAAGAUAUCAAUCUUCAAAGGAUGACAGUCGUUGAGAUCCUUGAUGCACCGAGCUACAUCGACCUAGUGGACGGGUUCGGUAUUCCCAGACGAAUCAUUGCUGAUAAUGGACCUCAAUUCCGAGCUACGACACUUAAGUUGUUUUGUGAUGAUUACGGUAUCGAACUCUCCCUUAUGUCCGUAUACACUCCACAGUCAAAUGGACAAGCAGAAUCAGCUAAUAAGAUCAUCUUGCGAGGACUUAAGACACGUGUCUUAGCUGCACACUCCAAUUGGGUUGACGAGCUCAACAAGGUGUUAUGGUCAUGUCGUACAACUCCCAGCUCAGCCACGGGAGAAACCCCAUUCUCCCUUGUUUACGAAACUGAGGUCGUUCUUCCUAUGAAAGUAGGUUUAUCCACUAACAAAUCUGCCCGGCAUGAUAAUCUUGAUAACGAGCAACUCCUAAGAGAAAACCUAGACCUUUUGGAAGAGGUUAGGGAAAUAUCUAGGAUUAAAAACAUGGUGUAUCAAGGUCGAGUCGCCAGGUUUUACAAUAAGCGGGUACGAGCUCACCAAUUUUAGGUUGGUGACCUAGUUUUACGGAAGGCUAGACUCACCAAUGCAUAUUUGCAAAUGGGCAAACUCGCUCCUAAUUGGGAAGGUCCAUACAUGGUCAUCCAAAUCAAAUGACCUGGGUCUU